AUGAAGAUCAUUGUGCUGUUGAUAAGUGUCCUUGCCUUGGCUAGCACUGAAUGGAUCGACAUUGAUUGGUCCGAGGUGCGUCCAAUCGAAGAAUUCGACCAGUAUUGGGCUCGUCUGCCAGCGGAGCUGCAGUUCUUGCGCAACGCCUUCCCCAACCGCCGAAUCACCAACGGACAGCAAGCCACUCCCGGGCAGUUUCCGUACCAGGUUGCUCUGGUUAUUACCUUCAGCGCCAGUUCCGGUCUGUGUGGGGGUUCCAUCCUGACCAGAAAUUAUAUUCUAACUGCAGCUCAUUGCGUUCAAAAUGCUCUGGGAGGUACUGCCAUUAUGGGAGCCCACAACCGUUUUGUGUCCGAAGCUACCCAGCAGCGCAUUGCCUUCGCUGCAUCUGGAAUCAAAAUCCAUCCGGGAUACAUUUCUACUACCAUCCGCAACGACAUUGCCACCGUUCGCUUGAACAACGCCAUGACCCUCAAUGACCGUGUGGUCCCAGCUCGCAUUCCUGUUACUGGUGAUAGCCGUUCCUUUGCUGGAUGGACCGGGACCGUCUCUGGAUUUGGACGCAUUUCAGAUACGAGCACGGCCACCUCUACUGUGGUGAUGUACACCAGCAAUCCAAUCAUGUCCGAGAAUGAAUGUGCUGCCCGCUGGGGUAGUAGUCUCAUCCAGGCCCAGAACAUCUGUCUGUCCGGCGAUGGUGGUCGGUCUCCCUGCAACGGUGACUCUGGUGGCCCUCUGGCUGUCCAGGACAACGGUAGCCUGCAGGUCGGUAUUGUGUCCUUCGGCUCUGCUAGCGGAUGCUCGAUCGGUAUGCCAUCGGUGUUCGUCCGUGUGUCGCACUUCAGAGACUGGAUUAUCGCUAACUCUGAUUUGUGAAGUGGAAAUAUUGGAAAAAUAAAUUAAUACUAUUCUGAAACAAACGUA